AUGGGGUUGUUGAAAGCUGUGGGCUUUAGAGGCCUUACUGUUGCCUUGUUGUUCUUCAAUCUGCUUGUGGGUUUAGCGGUUGGCAUUGGAGUGAACUGGGGAACUCAGUUAACACACCCUCUCCCACCAGCAACAGUGGUGAAGAUGUUAAAGGACAACGGGAUUCAAAAGGUUAAGCUUUUCGAUGCCGAUUCUUCGAUAUUGAAUGCUCUGAGCAAGUCUGGGAUUCAGGUAAUGGUAGGAAUUCCCAAUGAAAUGCUCAAUGCUUUGGCUAAUAGUGUGCAAGCAGCUGAGAAUUGGGUUUCCAAGAAUGUCUCCUCACAUGUCUCCAAUGGUGUAGAUAUUAGGUAUGCUGCAGUGGGAAAUGAACCAUUGUUGUCAACGUACAAUGGAACCUUUCUUCCAACAAUAUUUCCUGCCCUUCAGAAUGUCCAGUCAGCUCUCAUAAAAGCUGGUGUGAGCAAUCAGGUUAAGGUCACUAUUCCCCUCAAUGCCGAUGUAUAUGACAGCAGUGGCUCGGAUAUGCCUUCUAAUGGUGACUUCCGACCAGACACCAAGGAUCUCAUGGUGGAAAUCGUCAAGUUCUUGAGUGACAACGGCGCUGCAUUCACAGUCAAUAUCUAUCCCUUCAUAAGCCUCUACAAUGAUGCCAACUUCCCUGCUGACUAUGCCUUUUUCAAUGGAUACUCAAGUUCCAUUAAUGACAACGGAAAAAUCUACAACAACGUAUUUGAUGCAAACCAUGACACCCUUGUAUGGGCCUUACAGAAAAAUGGAUUUGGAAACUUGUCCAUAAUAGUAGGAGAGAUCGGUUGGCCUACAGAUGGGGACAGAAAUGCAAACUUACAGUAUGCUCAAAGGUUCAAUCAGGGGUUUAUGUCCCAUAUCAAGAACAAUGCAGGCACCCCAAUGAGACCUGGCCCUGUAGAUGCCUACUUAUUUAGCCUUGUUGAUGAAGAUGCCAAGAGCAUUCAGCCAGGUAACUUUGAACGCCAUUGGGGGCUAUUUUACCUUGAUGGAACACCCAAAUAUCAGCUCAGUCUAGGCACGACAAGCUCAAAUGGAUUAGUAGCAGCAAGCGGUGUACAAUAUCUGGACAAGAAAUGGUGUGUUAUGUCACCGUCGGCGAGUCUUGACGAUCCACAAGUGGCACUAAGUGUGAGCUAUGCUUGUGCAAAUGCUGACUGCACCAGUCUUGGAUAUGGAACUUCAUGUGGAAAUUUGGAUAUUCGUGGAAACAUUUCCUAUGCAUUUAACAGUUACUAUCAGAUAAAUAAUCAACUGGACACUGCCUGUAAGUUUCCAAACCUUUCGGUCAUCACCACGAGUGAUCCAUCAUCUGGAGACUGCAAGUUUAGGAUCAUGAUCCGAUCAUCUUCUUCAUCUGCUUUGAAUGCCGGAGCUGGUUCUGUUGAAAAGCCUAGUUGUUUAAUUCUGUUUGUGUUAGUGUCUGUGUUCGUCUUUACACUGCUGUGA